UCCGCAGAGUUGGGCGUCGGGGCGGGGGGAGAGGGAACAGCGUCUCCUCCGGCGUGGGGAAGGGGGUGGUGCUGCCUUGCGGCGGCGGCCCCCCCAGGAGAGCAGGCCCCCGGCGGGCUCCCCGCCUCUCGCCGUAGGGCAGCCCCGGCCGGCGCUGGCCCUGGGCUCCGAGAGCAGCAUCUCCUUUCUCUGUAGGGCUCGGAGCAACGCGCGUAAGUCUGUGCCUCUCUUCAGUACAAGCUGUGGUCUGUACCCCGUGGCUGUAAAAGUAGCUCCCUUGUGGAAAGAUGUAGCAAGUUAACCUGACGAGAGCAAUGGAGUUACAUCUUCAGGGAAGACAACGCUGAUUCUAGAGGGGGCUUAUCUCAAUGUAUAACUCUGAAAAGGUUUGCAAAUAGUGAAGGAAAAUGUCGUAUAAAAGCUCUAAGGAAAUCAGGAAAGUAAACAUUUCUAGCUCCUUGGAGUCUGAAGAUAUUAGCUUAGAAACUACAAUACCAACCGACGAUGUUUCUUCCUCUGAAGAGAGAGAAGGCACUGUUAAAAUCACUAAGCAGCUGAUUGAACGGAAAGAGUUGCUCCAUAAUCUUCAGCUGCUUAAAAUAGAAUUAUCUCAGAAAAACCUGAUGAUUGACAACUUGAAAGUAGAAUACUUAACCAAGAUUGAAGAGCUAGAAGAGAAGCUUAAUGAUGCAAUCCAUCAAAAGCAGCUGUUGUCUUUACGACUGGAUAGUCAGCUAGCACUGCAGCAAGAAGAUGCUAGAAAACAUCAGGCUCUAAUGAAACAAGAAAUGGAAACUAUUUUAUUGAGACAGAAGCAGCUGGAGGAAACUAAUCAUCAGUUAAGGGAGAGGGCCGGAGAUAUCCGUCGUAGCUUGCGAGAUUUGGAAUUAACGGAUGAUUGCUAUGAGAAGCUAAAGUCUCUUCCUGAAGAUCAGCUUUCUAUCCCUGAAUAUGUUUCUAUCCAAUUCUAUGAAGUAGUCCAUUCCUUAAGAAAAGAGCUAAGUGAUCUACAGAUGAAAAAGGGGAGCCUAACAGAAGAACUAAGAGGCUACAAAUCCCAACUGAAGUGUCUGACAGAGAGCUAUGAAGAGGAGAGGAGGAAUCGGUCGGAGCUUGAGGUUCGAUGCCAGCGUUUAACAUUGGAACUGGCUGAUACCAAGCAGAUGAUUCAGCAAGGUGAUUAUAGACAAGAGAACUAUGAUAAAGUAAAAAGUGAACGUGAUGUAUUUGAACAUGAAUUGUCAGAACUCAGAAGAAAAUAUGAAAUAUUAGAGGCGUCGCAUAAAGCACAAGCUAAAGAAAGAAAUGAUUUAUCAAAAGAGCUGGCAACCAUACAGCAAUCCCUUAACCUGUUGCAAAAAGAUAAAGAUUAUCUUAAUCGCCAAAACAUGGAGCUUAGUGUUCGCUGUGCACAUGAAGAAGAUCGUCUUGAAAGACUUCAGAUUCAGCUGGAGGAUGCCAAAAAAGCUAGGGAAGAAAUGUAUGAAAAAUAUGUUGCAUCCAGAGACCACUAUAAAACAGAAUAUGAAAAAAAACUGCAUGAAGAGUUGGAACAAAUAAGAUUGAAAACAAAUCAAGAAAUUGAGCAACUAAGAAGCACUUCAAAAGAGAUGUAUGAACGUGAAAACAGAAAUUUGAGAGAAGCAAGAGAUAAUGCUGUCGCUGAAAAAGAAAGAGCAGUUAUUGCUGAAAAGGAUGCUUUAAGAAAAUAUGAUCAACUCUUAGAACAGUAUAGACAAAUGCAGCUUGGCACAGAAAGUAAAGUAGCUGAACUUCUUCACCAAAGUAAGUUAAAGUCCUUUGAAAGUGAACAUCUUCAACUCAUGCAACAAGAAACAGCUAAGAAUCUUUCACAGUGCCAAAUGGAAUGUGAGAAAUAUCAGCGAAAGCUGGAGGUGCUUACUAAGGAAUUUUAUAGCCUUCAGUCUUCUAGUGAGACACGCAUUAUUGAACUUCAAACGCAGAAUUCUGAGUUUCAAGCAAGGCUAGAAACUUACGAAAAACUUGAAAAAGAGCUUGAUGAGAUAAUCUUGCAGACAGCAGAAAUGGAAGAUGAAGUUGAAGCUGAAAGGGUUCUCUUCUCAUACGGGUAUGGUGCUAAUGUUCCUACAACAGCCAAAAGACGACUAAAGCAAAGCGUUCACUUGGCAAGGAGGUUACUGCAGCUAGAAAAGCAAAACUCGUUGCUUGUAAAAGAUCUGGAACAUCAGAAGGAACAAGUAACACAGAUUUCACAAGAGCUUGACAGAGCAAAUUCUUUGUUGAAUCAAGUACAACAGCCAUAUAAAUACCUCAUUGAAACAGUGCAACAGAGAGAUUCUCAAAUAAGUCUACAGAAAGAGCAUAUUACACAACUUGAAAAAGAUGUCAGUCUUUUAAAUAAAGAAAAGACAGCUUUGCUGCGUGUCAAGAAUCAAAUGGCAGCAGAUUUGGAGAGACUUCUAAAUCACCGUGAGGAACUAGCCACAAUGAAACAGAUUCUAAUUAGUCUACAUGGUAAACGCUAUGAACAGAAUUCACCUCCGUCUCAUAUUGAUUUAAAAAGUGCGACGGCAAAAAACAAAUCAAACCCUUUAGUAAAACUGCUGCCAGAACAUGAAGAAGAAAAUGUAUUUACACCUAAGCCAACGUUAUUUACAAAUAAAGAGGCACCUGUAUGGUACAAGAAACUGCAGAAGAAAACAUCACCAUAGCAUUUUUCCAAAAUUACUCAAAAUAAUCCUUUGGGGACCUUUUCUUUGAAGAAAGUUAUUUUCACCAUAACGAUGCCCUGUUUUGGUUUUAACUGGUUUGGUUUUAACUGUUCAUUUAUACCUGUCGAAUGAUCUUAUGCUUCAUAAAAUAAUUUUUAGAUUUGUUAUGUGAAAAAAUGUGUGGAAAUAAGGCAUGCAAUGAUUUUGCUAACAUAUAUUUGAAUUUUAAAAGAUAAAUAAACACUAGCAUAUUGUACAUAUUUAUGA